UAUUCUUAGAUUCUUGUUCGCGGCUUGAUCAUGGUGGCCUCUACCCACGCAACCACUUCCAUCUCAUCCCCGUUAGUAGCCAAUUAUUCCAAUAUCUUUCAAGCAUCAUGUGAUUUCCGGAUAACAAUUCCGCAGCGAGCCGCGUCAGUACCCUGCCGCCGAUCCCGCCCACAACCGGUUCACCCCCUGAUCGUGCGGUCACUGCCUGCGCGGAAAACGCGCAUUCGAUCCCCGGAUCCCCCGCCGUGGAUUGGCUGGCGGUGCGAAGCGCGUUCCGCGGACCGCGGGGAGAAAGUCCCGGCGGACGCGAACAGGGGAAGAAGCGGGCGAGGGGGGGAGCGACUCGCGGAGGGACGACUGGGGGGGGGACGACUCGGGGGGGGAAAGGGCGGAGAGCCUGCGACUACGGAGGUGGAUUGGUCCAUGGGUCGGAAGCUUCCACGAAAGGGAUCCGACGACUGGACUGAUCUAACCGAUUCGUUACUCCUGGCCACGUGGCUGGCUACCGUAGCUCCUCCUGCUGACGACCGACCCUUGAUGUUGUCCGAUUCUUCGCUACUGUCACCCCACGCUACAGUCAACUACUUCGCGUACGGAUCGAAUCUCAAUCUGGAGCUGCUACAGAGGCGGUCAGCGGGGGUCGACAAGGUUGUAGCAGACGUCUCGGUUGUAGCGGAGCCGGCGGUGGUGUACCACCAUCGCCUGGCGUUCAACGUGCGCGUGAUGCCGCCCUUCGAGCCAGCUGUAGCAGCAAUCGAACCAGUUGUAGCGGGGAUUCGACCAGCUGUGGCGGGAAAUGGACCAGCUGUAGCGGGGAUUAGAACGGGUGUGGCGGGAAGUGGAGGGGCUGUGUUGAGAACAGAGGCGGCUGUAGCAGGAAGCGAAACGGCUGUUGCUGGGGCAGCGGCGGAUAGAAACGGAGCUGCUGUAGCGGGGAUGGGGAGCAGCAGGGAGGGGAUGGGGAGUCCGAGUGUGCAUGGGUUGGUAGUGCAGAUGCGACGGAUUGACUACGAGCGGCUCAUGUGGUGAGAUGCAUGUGGUCAGAAGGCAUUUCCUGCUCUGAGCAGAGACCCUAUAUAGAGCACCUCGUUACAGCGCACACUUAUUCUGGCAGUACUGUACAGGCCCUAACCCUCCGCGCCAAUACCAAGAGCUCAUCCUUCCUCCCUCCCCGUAAGGAGCUACCCCCCUCGGCUCGAUACCGGGACCUGCUGCUUAAAGGGGCUAAGGCGGCAGGGCUGAGGAGGGAGUAUGUAGCGGAGAUGACGAGAAUUAUGGAUGGAAAUACGCUGGAUGGGUGGUGGCAGUGGUGGUGAUGCUGGUGCUGCUGUUGUGCAAACAAUCCAGUCGUCGCACCGUUUUGUUGACUUGAACGGAAUGUAACCAAGU